AUGAAAUAUGUGAAUAAAUUGUUUAAAGUUGCAUAUCUAAGUGAUGCUGCGUAUGUUAAAACACAGAUAUUUAAUCAGUUGUAUAAUAUACCUUUUAGUGAAGACUAUGACCCGACAAUAGAAGAUUCAUACAAAUUCGUCUUGAACGACAAAUUUAAAACAGAAGUGACAAUACAUGACACUACUGGUCAAACUGAUAACGAUGCGCUGCUUGACGUUUAUAUUCAAAUAGCCGAAUGCGCAUUCAUUUUUUGCAUUGAACUACGAAGAACAACAAAAGAUUGCACAAGAAAAGUUUGUUGGGAGAAUUCCAAAGUACAAAAAAGUAUUUUAAUUGUUGUUGUGGGAACAAAAUCUGAUAUGAGAGAAUACAAAGACGAAUUAAUUCGACUAAAACAAAUGAUAAGAAAAAUUAUUGAAACGGAAGAAGCUAUUAAAUUUGCACAAAGUAUUGGAGCAGUGGGAUACUCUGAGUGCUCUGCAAAAACUAAAUUUAAUAUUAAUUUGGUUUUGCAAACUAUUAGUAAAAUUAUAAAGAUGGAGAAAGGAUAUUAA